AUGGCGGCCCGUCUUUUGGCCGGCUGUUCACUGACGCGCCGUCAACUGCCCAUCCGAACAAACCCGGUUUUCGCGCUGCCGCUGCUGCUGCUUUUCGUUCUGCUGUCGCCGCCCGCUUUCCGCGACGCGCGAUUCGACGGCGUUCAAGGCGCAGCCGCGGCGCCUUUCAGCGUAACUGACUCUUACACCCCGGCCUGCGGGCCGCUACCACGCAAAGAACCCAGAGCCAUGCCCCAUCCCGUGCCGCUUCCCCCCCCUCCCGUUACGUCCCCCUCCCUUCCAGCCUGGCUACUGUGGAGCCGCGCUUCCACGUGGGCGUUCAUGGGGGGGAGGGUUCCAGGAAUCGGGGCGAGCGUGGGGGCCAAUGUGACGAUCCCAUGUGGCAGGGCUGUGCUUCUGGACGUGCCACGUGUCAGCCUGGGAUUGCUCGUCGUGAAGGGCUGGCUGAGAUUGCUGGACAACCCAUUUGUACCCUCUAUAAGCGUCCAGGCCCGGUUCAUUAUAGUGUACGGCCGCCUAUCUGUGGGCACAGAGAAGCACCACUUCCACUCCCAAGCCACCUUCACGCUCGUCCCAAACCUCAGGUUUGGCCGGUCCGGGUUCUUGCUUCGGCAGCCAGCUCCGGCCAAUCCUGCCCACCCUCGCAGCCUCGGGCACAAGGCGUUUGUGGUGGUGAGUGAGUGCACUGCUGUCAUUUGUGAUGAGUGCACUGCUGCUGCUGGUUCCGUCGUGUUUCUUGGGUCUCCUAGUAAACGCAUGGUGGGCGGUCAGGUGGAUUUCCACGGCAUGCCAGGUGGCGCCAGCACGCCCGCGUGGGUCCGGCUGGCACAACGGGCCAAUAAGGGCGCGCGGCAGAUCACUGUAGACGCUGACGUCAGCGCGUGGCCCCGAGGGGGCGUGAUCGCAGUCGCGAGCACGACACCGGAUCUGAAUAAUGCCGAAAAGGCAAUCAUUACUGGAUUGAGGAGAACCGGCCCAUUCACCAGUGUGAUCUCUCUGCUCCGCCCUCUGAAGCACUCGCAUGACGGGGACAGGAACGCCGUGAGGGACGGGUUUGGCGGCACCGUGGUCGUUCGAGUGGAGGUGGCUCUGCUGACCCGUUCACUUCUCUUUCUCUUUCCUCCCGCACCUCUUGCAGUGAGGAGAACCGGCCCAUCCACCAGUGUGAUAACCCUCUACCGCCCUCUCAAGCAUUCCCACGACGGGGAGAGGCAUGCUGUGAGGGACGGGUUUGGCGGCACAGUGGAUGUUCGGGCCGAGCACUCCCACGACGGGGAGAGGCAUGCUGUGAGGGACGGGUUUGGCGGCACAGUGGAUGUUCGGGCGGAGGUGGCGCUGCUGACCCGGAAUAUUGUGAUUCAAGGGGUGCAUGAACAGGCGCCGUACCAGUAUGAUGGUGGCCAUUUUAUGGUCUACAUGACUCGCACGCCUCAGACGAUUCACGGCGUGCAGUUCAAGGGGUUGGGGAAUCAAGGCAGCUUGGGAAAAUACCCCCUUCACUUUCACGUGUGCGGCAACGCGAAGCGACGGUUCCUGGUUCGCAAGAACGUAAUUCUGGAGUCGAAACAGCGGUGCAUCGUGGUACAUGCUACAUCACGGGUAACUAUAGCAGACAACGUGGCGUACGAGACGAGGGGGCACUGCUUUGUGUUGGAGGAGGGAAGUGAGGCGAGGAACACGUUUAUUCGCAACCUGGGCAUGAGCACACGCGCUGUGCAACGCCUUAUUCCACCUGCCUCUCAUGCGAAGUUCGAUCAGCAAACGGACGACAAGCCGUCCACGUUUUGGCUCGCAACGCCCUUCAAUAGCUUUGUGGGGAACGUGGCUGCCGGUUCAGAAGAUUCUGGCUUCUGGCUAGAGCUAAACAAGCACAUGAGGGGACUCUCUAGGAACCUUCCCUUCUGGAGAACCCUCUCUCCUGUGACGCUCGCCUUUGGUGUCUUCCACGGCAACGUGAUUCACUCCAACGCCCUCUUUGGCCUGCGCACCUACCCGCAUGGUGCACGGCCCAUGUUUCCCUCCAAAGGGAAGGGAAGAGAAUCAAUCCAAGUGCGCAUAUCUCACUCUCUCAUCUACAGCAACCCCGUUGGGGUAUUCCUGUACAACAGUCAGAGCAUCACUAUCAGCCACUCCACCUUUAUCAACAACCGCAUUGCCAUCGACUUGAAUCGCAACUUUGGGAUUCUGAUUCUCGCAUGCACCUUCAUCGGCCGCACAGCUUGCAGCAAAUCAUCUGGAGGGUCAACACCUUACGAUGCUGCAUCGACACACGCACCAACACCGCUCAUGCCGUCAACACAUGCAACACCACAGCUACCACCAGGAGCAGCGUCGUCUAGCCUGCACGUUGCAUUUGCUACUAACGAGGAUGAAAUGGAAGGCGAUAACGAGGAAGGAAAUGAAGUAGAGGAAGAGGAGGAGGAAGAGGAUUAUGGGGGCACGGAGAUCGAGGCGGGGACAAGAGUGAAGGAGAUGGAGACGAGGGGUCGUGUGGCAGCAGGAUUCUUCUAUUCGCGGGACGGCGGCACGUUCAAGAGCCCCAUUGGCGUGAUGCUGAGCCAAGUGAAGCCGAGCGGCAUGCUGGAGGCCAACAGAGUCCUCAACAGCAGGUUCUCAGGGUUUGGGGAGUGUGGCCCCACCCUGAGGAGCUCUGCACUGGUCUUGGCAGUGAAUAAGGCGGGGGGGUUCUGGAACCCAGCCAUGAGUGUGAAGGGCCUUCGAUUCACAUCUGCCACAAGGAGACUCUAUGCUGUUCCCAAUGCGCCCAACCGUCCUGUACCCAGAGGGGGAUCGAAUGCCCGCUUCUACGCCCUCCACGAUGCAGACGGUUCUUUCCUCUCCUCCUCCUCUCCAGCCUUCCCCAGCGCUGCCCGCCCAGCCUACCUCGUUGCUCCGUUCCGCCCGAUCCUGCCACCAGCCUCGGUCCGAACCUCUCUCUGCCAGUACCACGACACGUGGUCGCUCUACUCGUGCAGGUCUACCUGCUACCGAGCCAUCGCCCUGACCUACCUUGAGUACGGCGUGCCGAACCUAACGCGGAACCAAAUCAAGAAGCACCGCAUCCGACCCUACUCCACCGCAAAGUUCACCCGACUGACCGACCGAGCCUAUUUCUUCUCUCUAGGAGACCGAAACGACUAUUCCAAACUGUACAAAGGUUCAAAGCCCGUUCUCCGAACCAUAUCGGCGACUCUCUUAGCGGGGCACGCUUAUUCGGUGGAAAUCACCCCGCCGAGUGUAAAUAGGGGGUUUUACCCUAAGAAUAUGACGGUUCGAGUGCUGGACAAAGAGGGGUGCGCUGGAGGGCUGGAGCUGAGGGUUGUACCGCGGACGAGAGGGACUCAAUGGAGGACCAUCACGAAUGUGCCCCAGCUCCCUUGUCGGGGAAAGGGGGGUCGGAGCCCGAACCGCAUGUACCAGCGCUGUACGUACCGCAACAAGCAACCGACCCUGGCGCUCAGCUUCGGCCGAGCCUACGCGCAGUACAGUGGAGUUAGCAUCGUGCUGGGGAGGAUGAGAAGCCGAACGUGCCCUCCUGUAAA